GAGAUGAGAAAACAAAAGGAGGGGAUAUGGAUCAUGGAUGGAUGGAUGGAUGGAUGCGUGAAGCGGAGAUUCUGCUACGAUGCGGGGAAUGGGGAUGGUGGAAGGUGGAGGGUGGAAGGUGGUGGUGGUGGAAAUGGAUGGGCUCCACCUCCUCGCCCUUCAUUUUUCUUCUUUCUUUCCACACUCUAGCCUCUCUUUCUCCGCUGUUUUCUAUACAUCAUCAUCCUCCUCUUCCUCUUCCUCUUCCCCUUCCCCCCAGACAGCUCUAGAACAACCCUAAGACCCGACCCGACCCACAAACAAGCCAUCGCCGAUACUUUCCUUUCACGCGUACUCUUCUUCUUCUUCUUCUUCUUCUUCUUCUUCUUCUCUCUUUGAUCUCUAUUUCUCCUCCAUUUUUCUAUUUUGGAUGAUACGCUUAUGUGUGUACUAAUAGAUAGCUAUUCGGAGUCCAGAGAUUUGCAGGAUCGGCAGAGUUCUUUGCUUUGAGACUGAGCCAAUCCAUUCUGCCUAGCGAUAAUACGGGUUUGCGUUGAAUUUAUUGUCUUUUCAUUUUGUUAAUGGACUUGUUUUCUUUCCCAACAGCUUGAUCGAGGUUCCGAGUUCGGGUCUUUGGAUUUUCUUCCCCGUUUUACACAUGUAUAUACAGAAGCAAAAUUGAUCGACUCUUAGAUCUAGUUUUGAUUGUAAAACAAUAUCACACAAACUUGCUCUUAGUUACCAACCCCCACCACUUCCAAUAUUUCUUGCUUUUUAGUGCGACCCAUUUGGGUUUGGGCUUUGGCUGCUCGUUUGAAGGUGUGAAACCAUUCAGUUUAUGGGUUUCCAUAGGAUCUUGGGAAGCAAGCUGAUUACCCUUCUUUGUUAGUUGGAUCAAUUGACUUGGUUCUCUGACAAAUAGUUUUCAUGGACUUUUCAACUAUGGGAUAUAUAUUAUAUCUAGCCCAAUGCCUAUGAUGAUAUUUCAGACUCCAGAGAGGUUUUUUUGGCCUCCAGCUCAGUGGCAAUGCAUGUGUACUUCCAAAGCAGCUCGUUCCCAUUAACAUAGGGAUUGGAUUUGCAGUUUGACUAGAUCUUAUUCUUAGAAAAUGUUGGGGGGAAACAACAAUGCUACCACACUUCCUAUUUUCCUUGAUGAGAAUCACUUGCAGUAUCAUGUGAAUGCUUCAAAUCAACUACAGUUAUUUGGAAACUUUGGGUGUAAUGUUGAUCAACAGCAUAUUGAGCCUUUAUCCCACUAUGCGGGAUCAGCUGGAUGCAGUGUUGAUCCAGUAAAUUAUUUUGGAAAUGAGCACACUGCCCAUAUGCUUCAGCCUAAGAAACGAUCCAGGGAAGCAGAUACUAUCCCAAGGCAGCAGAAGCUUCAGAUUUUCCUGAAUUACAAUGCGUGUCAUGAUGAAGCUGACCGAUCAGCAAACAUACCAAACCAGAACCCUGUAUCAACUGGGUUAAGGCUAUCGUAUGAUGAUGAUGAACACAACUCUUCUGUUACCUCUCCAAGUGGAAGUAUGACCGCAGCACCACCAACCAUUUUAUCUCUUGGAGAUAAUAUGAGGACUGACCUUGAUCGGCAGAAUGAAGAGCUUAAUCAGUAUAUUAAGAUUCAGGAAGAAAAUCUGGCAAAGGGGAUAAGGGACAUAAAGCAGAGGCACAUGGCGUCUUUCCUGACUGUCAUAGAGAAAGGAGUUAGUCGGAAGUUGCAGGAGAAGGAUCUCGAGAUAGAGAAUAUAAACCAGAAGAACAGAGAACUGGUUGAGAGAAUAAAGCAGGUUGCAGUCGAAGCCCAGAACUGGCACCAUAGAGCCAAGUACAAUGAGUCUAUGGUUAGCAUUCUGAAGAACAACCUCCAGCAGGCAAUUUCACAGGGUGCUGAACGAAGCAAGGAGGGGUUUGGAGACAGCGAAAUCGAUGAUGCUGCCUCCUAUGUUGAUCCAAGAAACUAUCUCAGUAUCCCAGGUCGGAGUGGCAAGGCUCCUUUCUCGAAGCACAAUAUGAUUUGCAGGUCAUGCAAGUCCAAUGAGGUAUCCAUCUUGUUGAUGCCUUGCCGGCAUUUGUGUUUGUGCAAGGAUUGCGAUGGAUUAACCAAUGUUUGCCCUGUAUGCCAGUUGGCGAAAACUACUAGUUUUCAAGUCUACUUGGCCUAAAUCAGUUACCAAACUUAAAAAUUGAAAAUAUACUCCACAGUUAUCAUUUCAUUUAAGUUGGCGUCCCUUCAAAUUUACAGAUUCCACAUGGAAAUCUUCUUGUACAUUCAUAAAUUCAAUUUGGGACCAUUGAAUUCCAAGCCUUUAAAUUGUAGUGUUGAAUGUUCAUGCC